AUGGAGCCCGUCGCAAAAACGCUUUGUAUCUAUAUAUUAAACGAAGUCGAUAUCGACUGGGAAAAAUUUGGUUUGUCCACAUGUGACCCAGAGGCUCGAUACCUUGACUAUGACGACGAUUUAGUUGUGAAAAUCAUUUCUGCAACAGCUCGGCUUUCAGGUUGUCGAACAUUUAAUGAACAACUCCAAAAACUUGGCGUGGAGUAUUUUAAGAUUUGCGCACAAGAAUAUGGACGCUCUCUUCGUUCGGUCGGCAGCAACCUUCUCGAGUUUUACAGCAACAUUGACGGACUUCACGACCAUAUAUGGAAUUCUAGUGAGUUCGGCUCUCGGGUGCCGCCAUCAUUCAGGUGUGCCACAGAAGGUGGCAAAUUGGUUGUGCAUCUUUAUACCGACCGACCACAGAUGCGGCACUAUAUGGGUGGCGUGGUCUUGGCUACGGGUGUCAUUCUGUUUUCCGUACCAGAUCUGACCGUUGAAGUGUCGCAAUAUAACAAACCGAGUCAGCAAAUUCAUCACGCGGUCAUCACGCUAAGCAAAACAGACCCGACCUCUGACUGUUCGGGUAUCGUGUCGCCUACCUCGAGCACAAAGACGAUUUGCCCAAGUCGAACAACACCGACAGGGGCAGGGGCACUGGCUGCAAUGGGGCCUGCGCCGAAUGGUCCAAGCCUCCUUCCGGAACACCACAGUCAUGUGUCUAACCAACCUUCCGACUCCAAGAUCAGUGUGAUGACUUUUUGCAAGACUUUUCCUUUCCACGUGAUAUUCGACCGAAACUUACAGAUUACGCAGCUGGGCAGUGCCCUGAUGAAAAUGAUAGCUCCGAGUAUAUCGACCAAAGGACUGUUCUUUGGGACCUAUUUUGAACUUGUCCGACCUCGAGUCAAAAUGGAUUACAUGUCUUUCUUGUCGAGAGUAAAUUCCACGUUUGUCCUCAGCACGACUCAAUUCUCAAGAGGAAGCGAAGCUAUUAAUGAGCAAAUGGAACUGAAGGGACAAAUGAUUCACCUCCAAGAAUCCGACGCUAUCUUGUUCAUUGGAUCUCCAAGUGUAGAGAAACUGGACGAAAUGAUUGGUAAAGGCAUCUACAUAUCAGAUAUCCCAAUACACGACGCCACACGUGACGUCAUUCUCGUCGGCGAGCAAUCCAAGGCUCAGGUAACAGGCAAUAAUAUUCUCUAG